AUGACCAUAUCUCCCGUGGCCCAGUUCCCGCCUGCGGCGUUCAACAAACCCUUCGACGAUGUCAGUCGACGCGGCAAGCCUGCCAUACAACAAGCCUUGGCUCAGUCACCUCCUCUGCGCACGACCACUUAUCCCCCGCAUAGCGUCUCUGUAUUGAAGAAGAGGAUCGUUGUCUGUUGCGAUGGCACAUGGCAGGACGGUACUGUCGUGGAUGCACAAUGGAAGUACACGAAUGUUCUGCGUCUAGCGCGAGCGGUCCGACACGUCGACACGAGAGUAAAUCCACCUGUUCACCAAGUCGUGUUUUACCAGUCGGGUGUUGGAUCCGCAAACAACUUUUAUUCUGAACUGGUUGACGGUGCUACCGGUGCAUCACUUGCGGACAAGGUCGAAGAAGCCUAUGCUUUUAUCACACAAAAUUAUCACCCCGGUGAUGAAAUCUUGCUCUUCGGGUUCUCCAGGGGCGCGUAUACCGCUCGAACAAUAGCUGCGCUCAUCGGCAGGAUCGGCGUGCUGAGCCGCACAGAAAUGGACCACUUCGCGGAUAUCUUCAUAGCGCUCCAAAAGCUUGGGAACCAGGAUGACCUUGAUCCUGAAGAAAAGGCGCUAUUGGAGACAAAAAUCGCGCCUUGGACAGGGCCCGACAGCCCAGGAUGCAGACGCGCAACCGGUGGACCAGAAGGGUUCUCGGUGAAAUGUGUUGGCGUGUUCGAUACCGUUGGAUCAGUUGGCCUGCCAGAGGAGUUGACGAAACUCUCCAAGUCAGUGAAAACGCUCUUUGGUUUCCAUAGCACCGAGCUUGGUCCCCACAUCGAAAAGGCAUACCAAGCGUUGGCGCUGAACGAACGAAGGGCGGACUUUAAUUGUGCCAAAUUUAGACAAACAGAAGCGGGUAGAAUGAAGCAGCAAGUGUUGCGACAGUGCUGGUUCGCAGGAUGUCAUUCGGAUAUCGGCGGUGGUUACCGAGAACCAGAUCUGGCGAACCUUACCCUUGCAUGGAUGGCUGCACAUGUCGGCGACAUACUCUACCUUGAUACGGACUACUUGGGAUCGCGCCUCGAAGCAGUGCAACCAUGGGGAGAGCUCCCUCCACACGACUCGAUAGUCGGUAUCUUCGAACUUGCCGAGAAGAUCCAACGCGAGUUGCCAGUCAAGACGGACUCCGUGACGCACGAGACGAUCCACCCCUCAGUGCUCAUGCAGAAGAAUCCCAUACCUGAGCUGGCCGACAUCAUCAAGAAGAACCCGUCUAUUGUGUGCGGCUUGUUGCCGUUGGAGCAGGAGUUGCAGAGGAAUUGGAAGGUUACUGGGAAGAAGACUGCUACCAUCCAGUACUUGAGCGAAGCGAUCAGGACUACGCAUUCUUCAUCCGAGCUCGCGAGCGAUCCUGACAAGACCGAUGCAGCACACGAAGCAGCAAGGACUCCCGGCGGGAGCUCCGGGCGUUGGAUGGUAAGUACCAGCCUAGUUGCCUUUGCCAAAAACCACCUCUGA